UAGAUAAGCCCAAAUGAUACGUGCCUGCGUGUAGCAUCUUCGGCGCAUGCUCGCCACUUGUGUGCCCUUUCCUGUACUAGGUAUAAAACGAGCACGAAUAAAUGCUGGGGUGUCUUCGUUUGCUGAGAACUGGUCCAUGCUGUUACUCUGUCGACACUACAAACGAUACAUGGUGUCAGAAGUCACGCCCAUAGUGCUCGGGCACGGUAAAGCAGCAUGGAACUUGUGAAGCCACCAGAGCCGCUACAUUUCACCGGUGAAAUCAGUAAGCAAUGGAAGCUUUUCAAACAAAAGUUUGAACUUUUCUUGCUUGCCUCCGUGCCCGACAAGAAGCCUCGACCGGAUGCCUCAAAGAUUGCUUUACUGCUAACCGUGGCAGGUGACGACGCACUGGAAAUUUACAACAACUUCACCUUCGGGGACGAUGAGAGCCGGGAAAGUUACGCAACUGUCAUAGCCAAGUUCGACACCUACUGCGCUGAACAGCUGAAUGAAGUGCACGAGCGCUACCUCUUUAGGCAACGCGUCGAAGCUCAAGGUGAGCCGGUUGAACAGUUUGUCAGAGAGCUCAGGAAGAUGUCUCGUUCAUGCAACUUUGGCACCAUGGCAGAGUCGUUCAUACGUGACCAAAUAGUUUUUGGUACAAAUGAUGACAAAGUAAGGCAAAAGUUGCUGCAGGAUAAGACGUUGACCUUGGCUAAAGCGGAAGAAGUCUGCAAGGCUGCGGAAAUGACUGCCGCGCAAAACGAAAUCUGGUCUCGAGAACAAAGACAGAUUGACGCUGUCAAACUACGGGAGCGUACGAAGCAGCAGCAGUGCGAUGAACGACCUGCUAUGUUCAAGUGCCGCAGGUGUGGACGUACGCACGGUCCGAGAAGCUGCCCUGCAUUUGGCAAAGUGUGCAGAAAAUGCCAAGGGCAGAAUCAUUUUGCUGUCCGUUGCAAGGUGAAUAGACAAGUUAGGGAAGUGAGGAGCACCGAAAAUAGCGAAGAAGAAUUUGACAUCCUUGAUGUAUCUGUCAACAGCGUUGGAAGAUCGUGUGACCGUGACUGGGUGGUCAGAGCGCAAGUUGCGGACACGACAAUAGACUUCAAAGUUGACACAGGAUCGCAAGCUAACCUCGUGCCAUUCUCUGCCUACAAAAAACUGCAGCCGAGGGUACCCUUGGCUAGAAGCAACUGUGUCCUACGAUCUUACAACGGAGGAGUCAUCAAGCAUCUCGGAGUCAUGACUACCACGGUGGCCGUCGGAAGCAAGACGGCAAAGAUUAAUUUCUUCAUCGUGAAGAAGAACCGUCAUGCCAUACUUGGACUGCGAGCCAGCGAACUGCUUGGACUGUUCUCGCGCACCGUAAACGACAUCGGAACAAGCAACAGCGAGGCAGUUGUCCAAGAGUUUCAACAACUUUUUUCUGGGACUGGAUGUAUCAAGCGACCAUACCGCAUGGUUCUUAAAAAAGAUGCGGUGCCAGUCGUCCAGACAGCCCGCCGUGUGCCCCUUUCCUUGAAAGAGCCUCUGCGCGAAGAACUUGACCGCAUGGUCAAAGCCGGCAUUAUAGCCAAGCAAGACCAGCCGACGGACUGGGUAAACGCUUGGUGGUCGCUGACAUGCUGUCUCGAGCGUCCGUCGAAAGCCCAGAAGCAAACAUCGACGAUGACGUGGAAGUUCACGCGGAGCAGUCCGCUAGAAGACGGUCAGUCACCUGGAGAGUUGCUUCAGGGCAGACGACUUCGCACAACUCUCCCAGACUUCAACGAAGCCCACAGACAGUCGGUAAAGAAACAUGAACAGUACCGAACCCCAAGACGCAGUCUGGCACCGCUACAAAAAGGCCAGGUCGUCAGAGUACGAGGAGGCUCGUGGUCGCCGAAAGCAAAGAUUCUUAAUGCAACUGCCCAACCAAGGUCGUACCAGGUCGCCACCGAAGACGGCGUCGUCUUGCGACGCAACCGACAACAUCUCAUGGCUACGGCUGAGCCUUUCAGCAUUGCGCCUAGUGAUGACGACAUACCAGACGACAGCCACGAGAACGGGUCCCCGUGCCAGGUCCAACCAAACAACGAAAGUGCUCCCGCCAUUACGCCACCGACACGAGAACCAAGAAGAUCCCAGCGCGAAAGAAGACAACCACAGCGGUUGCGAUAUGACGACAAUUUCGUGCAAGUUCCGUGAGCUCUAAACCUUCUGAACUGCGUACGCAAACUUUAAUCGGUGAUGGUGCUGUGUAUUCUUCCGAGCUCAUUUGUUCGUUAAAACGUUAAAAUUGUUUAGUUUCCUUCCAAGAAAGGAAGAUGUAUCAGGUAGAUAAGCCCAAAUGAUACGUGCCUGCGUGUAGCAUCUUCGGCGCAUGCUCGCCACUUGUGUGCCCUUUCCUGUACUAGGUAUAAAACGAGCACGAAUAAAUGCUGGGGUGUCUUCGUUUG